AUGGACUGGAAGACCUUUCAAGCCCUCCUCAGCGGGGUGAACAAGUACUCCACGGCGUUUGGGCGCAUAUGGCUGUCGGUGGUGUUCGUGUUCCGGGUGAUGGUGUACGUGGUGGCGGCGGAGCGGGUGUGGGGCGACGAGCAGAAGGACUUCGACUGCAACACCAAGCAGCCCGGCUGCGCCAACGUCUGCUACGACCACUUCUUCCCCAUCUCCCACAUCCGCCUGUGGGCCCUGCAGCUCAUCUUCGUCACCUGCCCGUCUUUCAUGGUGGUCAUGCACGUGGCGUACCGCGAGGAGCGCGAGCGCAAGCACCAGGCCAAGUUCGGCGACAGCAUCAAGCUGUACAACAACACGGGCAAGAAGCACGGCGGCCUGUGGUGGACCUACCUGAUCAGCCUCUUCGUAAAGACGGGCAUCGAGAUCUCCUUCCUCUACAUCCUGCACCGGGUGUACGACAGCUUUUACCUGCCCCGGCUGGUCAAGUGCGAGGUGUCGCCCUGCCCCAACCAGGUGGACUGCUACAUCGGCCACCCCACCGAGAAGAAGGUCUUCACCUACUUCAUGGUGGGAGCCUCGGCGCUCUGCAUCGUCCUCAACAUCUGCGAGAUCAUUUAUCUGGUCUUCAAGCGCCUGGUGCGAUUCACCAACAAGCUGAAGCAGCGGCACCGCGCCGUGGCCGUGCGCCACGGCGACUUCGACCACGACCACGAAGACGACGACCACGACUCCUUCAACAACUGCAACGUCCCCGGGUCCAAGCGGGAGCUGAAGGACAAGCCUCCCUCCUUCAGGAAAGUGUGCCAGACGCCCUACAGGCCAUCUCUCCUUAAAUUUGAGCCGAAGAUACGGGCCUCUGCUCCUAACCUGUCCAUGACCUCAUGA